UGUGUCAUCAAAAUCAGUAAAUCGAAGCAUGUGUUUGAAGCAUGUGUCAUUCAGUAGUUUUAUUUGAUUAAGUAAAAUCCUGUUGAAUCCUGUUUAUUCCUAAAUCAUAAAUUGGAAAAUUAUAAUGUUGAUGUUUCAAGGGGUGUAUUCAUUACGCAAACCAUUUACCGUUUACGAACCAAACGGAAGCAAACAGGGGUAAUCCUUUCCCAAAAUUGAACGACAGUCCCUCCGUUUCGUUCCAUUUAAGAAACUUUUUGCUACAGAAUCGGCGUGAUGAAUAUGCCCCCGAUUUUAGAUUUUUAGCCCAGUGUCCAAACACCCGUUUAAAAAUGUCCAAAAUAAUAAUAAUGAUAUGCUUCAAUUGUUUGAUAUUUGAACAUUAAAAAAAACUCCCUACCCACGUGUCACACCUAUAUUUUGCUAAAUUAGCACCUUAUAAAACUGCACACGACAGCAUUUACCAAGAGGCCAUUCUAUACUAGAAUUGAUUAGCUUGUUCUAUUGUAAUCAAUCAUGCCCGCAAAUUAAUUACUGGAUAUUGUAUAGAAAUCAAUUAUAACGGGGCGACAUGUAACGUUUGCGCUCGUCUAAAAGACAAACCAUAUCGAACUUGGGUAUACAACAUAGACCUGAUGAGAACAUGUAGUAGCCAUGUAUGACCUAAUCUCCCUGUGCGACAGUGUUUAACAAUAUUUGUUUAACUAACCCAAGAUAGACAACAGCCUGUCGUUUCCAAUGGGAGCAAAUUAAUCACAGUGGGCAGAACUAGCAAGGAGGUGGGCAGAGCCAAGCACGAAUUAGCGAGAGCCUAUUGGCGCGUUCUAGUUUAUUUUCGUUAGGGAACGCCUACUUUGCAAUCUUAAACAACGCAAUUUUCAGAAAACUUGGCAACGGGUGAAGUCUACUCUGUUCGAAUCAGAUUUUAUUUUUGGAAACAAAAAACUGUAUUGAGAUCAAAUGUUCCAUCAAUGAGAAAAUUAGCAGAAUAUCGGCCAAAAUCCAUUUUGCGCAAUCUUCUCCCAUUGCCGGAGUUCCGGCCACUGGGCUUCCAUUUGGAGACUGAGAUGGAGUUUGUGAUCAGCACCACAUGGGACAGCCUUCCUGUGGAUCAUGACCCUGUGAAGGUGACGUUUUCUCCCGGGGAUGGAGGGAUGAAGAUGCAGGUGUCUGCUCCCUUCUUCAACAACCCUCCUGGUCCCUCCGGCCCUCCAGGACAGCCCUUCCCUGGCCUCUGGAACUAUGAAGUGGUUGAGGCGUUCUUCCUGGACAGUACUACUGUGAACUAUCUAGAGGUGGAAGUGUGUCCACAUGGACAACACUUGGUGUUACUGCUCUCUGGAAGAGGUCACGCAUUCAUGCAACAACUGCCCCUGUCGUUCACGGCAACCAUCACAGGAAACAGGUGGGAGGGUGAGGCUCUUCUCCCCUGGUGCUACUUCCCCCCUAACGUGAACAAGAUGAACUCGUACGCCAUCCACGGGUCCGGGGCGGGGCGAACCUACGAGUCCCUCUACCCCGUCCCCCAGGCUGACCUCGUGGAGGGACAGAAGCCCAACUUCCACCUCUUGGAAUAUUUCCAAGACUUUCGCCUGCAAAGCAUCAUGGGAGGGGACUGGGUCCAGCCCGAGUCGGAUCUCUGGAAGGGAAAGUGAUGAGUCGGGAGAACACACACACUGGAACACACACGCGUCAUGACAGCCGGUGCGACCAAAGUCACGGAGGAGGAACGAUCGAUCUUGAUUAGUUAGUGAUGUCAGACUGGAUGAAAUAUGUUACCAGUUUGUCAGAUGGUAUUAACACCUCACCUCAAACUGCCUUUUACCAACUGCCAGAGGCCUGGUUCAAAAAACACAUGAAGGGGUUUCUAGUUUUUAUUUUUCUAUGAAUGAAAGUGAGAAUCAAAGUAUAUUAUAUCUGUGCUUUCUGUUUUAUAGAUUUAUGCCUUUUUCUCUGAAAUGAAAGACCAUUGAAUUUGAUCAUUUUCAAUGCUACCUCCAA